AACGCUAACGUCCAAUACGCAGGUAACAGUUGGAGUUCGAACGCGUGAUGGUAACAACCUAACAAACGUAGUUAUUCAAACGUCAAAUGAUAUGGCUUUCGAAUCGAAAAAAAUGUACUUACCUCUAUUUUCAAUAUUAAUCUACACGUUUGCUGGUUCGUGGAUACCUGCAGCACCCGCCGAGGGUGCGAGAAUAUUAGCCGUGGAGACGGUUGGAGGUAAAAGCCACUGGAACUUUAUGAGCGCAAUUCUUCGGGCGCUGGUGGACAACGGACACAAUGUCACCGUGUUCACGCCGUUCACAGACGGAAACCGUGAAAACUAUACGGAAGUUUCCACGUCUACCGAAGCCACGGUCCUCCUGGACGGGGAGCUCGAAGAUUUGAUCGAUAAAUACGGCGACCCGAUUAAAAUCGUGGGUCAGAUGGCAAAAAUGAGCAGACAUUUUUGCGACGUUGUUUAUCAAAAUAGUAAAAUGAUAGAGGUGUUGGCCAAUAAACGUUCUGAUUUCGACAUAGUUCUAAUCGAAUCGUUAUACUCGGAGUGCGUGUCGUACGUCGCCGUCAAGUUAAACUUACCGCUCAUAUACGUCCUACCAAUACCGACUAUGGAUAUAACCUCACGUCUGUUUACGGGGCACAUGUCCAACCCCGCCGUAGUUUCCACUAGCAUGGCACGUUUUAGUGUUCCCAAAACAUUUGUCCAGAGAUCGGCCAAUAUUGCUUUUUUGAUUUACGCGUCAAUCGUAUACAAAAUAAGCGAACUGAUUCUGAUGUACAAUGAACCGAGAGAGUACGAUUUGCACGCGCCCAUCCCACCGUCUUUGGUAUUUGUAAAUAGACAUUUCACGAUCGAACCGGCAAGUCCUAUACCGUCGAAUGUUGUGGAAAUAGGUGGAAUACAUUUGAAAGCAACUAAGAAGUUACCAAAAGAUAUAUUAGAAUUCAUCGAACAAUCGCCUCAUGGUGUUGUCUAUUUCACUUUUGGUUCAACUGUUAAAAUGACUUCAUUACCAGAACACAUCAAAAAAGCAUUUAUGGAUGCACUCGCACAAAUACCUCAAAGAGUGUUAUGGAAAUAUGAAGAUGAAAUGGAAAAUAUACCAAAAAAUGUUAUGGUUAAAAAGUGGCUACCUCAACGUGAAAUUCUUUUGCACCCCAAUGUGAAACUCUUCAUCAGUCACGGAGGUAUAUCUGGGUUAUAUGAAGCUAUAGAUGGCGGUGUUCCCGUUCUCGGUUUUCCUUUAUUUGCUGAUCAGCCAAAAAAUAUCGAUAGUUUAGUCAAUGCAGGAAUGGCUAUUUCUAUGGAUAUUUUGUCAGUAACAAAGGAUGCGUUCUUAAAAAAUGUUUUAGAACUGAUCAACAAUGAAAAGUACAAGGAAAAUGGUAAAACUGCGUCGAAAAUAUUCAGAGAUAGGCCUAUGUCACCAGCAAGUCUAGUUGUGUACUGGACAGAGUAUGUUCUACGUCAUAAAGGGGCUCCCCAUUUGACAUCUCAUGCAAUUAACCUAUCGUGGUAUCAAUACUAUAUGUUGGAUCUCAUUGCUUUUAUAUUAGUUUUUAUUAUUUUUGUUGUUUUUGUUUCCUACAGAAUAUUCAAAUCUAUUUCCAAAUACUUUUCAAGUUACUCUAGAAAUAUUAAAUCGAAAUCUGAAUAAUUAAUUAUACUCAUAUUAUAAUAUUAUAAGGUAUUUCUACACUUAUAGAUAGGUACUUCCUAUACUAUAUGAUGCAACUGGUGUAAAGGGUACAAUUUUAUUUUAUUCAAAAUAAAAUCACAGAGUUUCAAAUUUUGAUAAUUUUCUCCAUCAUUUGUAUACAUUUAAGUGACUAUUAAUUAGAAAAUUAAUUAAUUAUUCAUGUUUUUAUAUUAAGUGCUGAAUAGUUUACUAUUGAACUAUUAUACCUAAGGUAUACCUUAAGGUUGUUAUGAA